AUGUUCUCGAUCCGCAUGCCGACGCCCAAGGGCGUCCCGUCCUACAAGAGCAAGUUCGGGCCCAACUACCACUUCCAGCCGAACAUCCACGGUACUCCUAUCAAGGCUAUCACUGGAAUGGGCAUGAGGGCGGCUGGUCUUGGCGGUGUCGCGCUCGGCGCCGUCAUCUUCUUCGCCUCGGGUAUUCCCAGGAUACAGCAGGACAUUCUCGGCUACAUCCCUGGUCUGUCCAAGUACUACGAGAAGGACCUCCCCGCCUCUGACAACCCUUUCUAA